AUGCCCCCAAUUCCCAUCAAUUACUCGCAAUUCAAAGGCAAGACACUCAUCCUCCCAAUCGUAUCAGUAGGGAACGUACCCCAGCUCGCUUGUGAUCUGCUUAUUGCCUCCCUGGGACUGGGGAGACUGGAGAUCUUGAGUCCGGAAUGGGUCAUUUCCUGUGCUGGAGGGAGGCAGGAUGGAGUACGGGGGGUGACGACCCCGCUCGAAGUAUUCGGAAAGGAAGGCGUUGAUCUCGUUGUUCUACAACAACGUUCUCCAGCGUUCACGAUGUACAAAGACCAGUUCACCCAGCAGAUCACCGCUUUCGUCCGCGAAGGAGAGUUUGAGAACGUACUCCUCCUCUCUGGCGCAGACGUGAUAGGACGUGAUGAUAGGCAUAUGCUUUCUCCGAUAUUUCACUACCCUGCUACUUCUGCGCAAACACCCUUCCACACCCGGCUGACGCUCACGACACCGGCGUUUCUCUCCUCCCCCUUACCCGCACUUCCCCCCAUACCAGGAUCUGGCCUCCUAAGGCGCAUGCUCGCCCUCCUCCCCGCACAAGGACCGAGCAUAGGCGUCCUCCUCCAGUUCGCGAUGGAAGGCGAUAACAGGGGGGAUGCGCAUUUUCUUGCCGAGUGCGCGGCUAAAGUCGGGGAUGUGCGUGUCGCGAAAUGGGAAGAGCCGCCGAGCUGGCGGGUUGGGCUGUUUGGCACUCCGCAAGAACAGACGUUGUAUGGUUAACCCCUUAGCACAAAAUCC